GCUAGUAACAGCUCCAUAGCCCUACUUUCUCCCGUCUGAAUCUCCCUCCUUCACUUCAGGCUUCACUUGAACACGAAGUGAGUGACUGGCAGGUGUGCACCGGACUCGAAUCCCAACCCGCCAUUCAUCCAUCCAUCCAUCUAUGAGCCCAUCGAAUCUGUGUGUUUCCUCCUGGUAGCCGUUGAAUCGUGAGAGCCGCAGAGUCAGUGAGUGGGUCUCGCCAGGGGUCAAGUGGGGAUUGAGGUUCGAGGACAGAGGCCAGUAAGAUGGGUUUCGAUGUGAAGCGUCUGGACAUUUACCGGAAGAUCCCCAAGGAUCUGACGCAGCCCACCACUACGGGGGCUAUCGUGUCCGUGUGUUGCGUGUCCUUCAUCGUGUUGAUGCUCAUGACCGAGUUGGUGUGGUUCAUCACGCCCGAUAUCCAGUCUGAGCUCCACGUAGACAACGCCAAUCCCACGGACCGCAUCCCUGUCCGCAUUAACAUCUCCAUUCCCAGAUUGAAAUGUGACUUUCUCGGGAUCGAUAUUCAAGACGACAUGGGGCGACACGAGGUGGGCUUUGUGGAAAAUACCAUUAAAACGCCCAUUGGAGAGAAUGGCGAGGGAUGUCUCUUUGAAGCGCGCUUCCAUAUUAACAAGGUACCUGGGAACUUUCACGUCUCUACCCAUUCAGUGGACACCCAGCCCGAUGCCUACGACUUUGCCCACGAGAUCCACGAGAUCACGUUCGGCUCCAAGAUCCGAAAGAUCAGUGCCAAGGGCAUCGGCACCUUCAAUUCCCUGGGUGGACGUGAGAAGCUCGAUUCCACGGGCUUGGAGUCCCACGAGUACGUCAUGAAGAUCGUGCCCACCACGUACGAGGAUCUGGGCGGAAACAGAUUGGUAGCUUAUCAAUACACCUACGCCUAUAGGAGUUACAUGUCCUUUGGCCAUGGGGGUCGUGUCAUUCCUGCCAUUUGGUUCCGAUACGACCUCAAUCCCAUCACUGUCAAGUACCAUGAGAAACGCCCUCCUCUCUAUCACUUCCUGACCACGGUGUGCGCCAUUGUGGGCGGAACGUUCACCGUGGCCGGCAUCAUCGACUCGUGUUUGUUCUCGGCCGCCGAGAUCUUUAAGAAGUUCGAGAUUGGCAAACUGAGUUAGAACCAACCGGUUGGUUGACCCACUCGCUCCGCCUUGCGUCUCAAUCUAUUUUGGAACAUCUGUGAUUUUCGUAUCUGACAGAGAUCAAUGGAACAACCAUUUUUGUAUCGUAUUAUACUAUAACAGAGGCUAGAAGAAGACCGACCGAGCAACUGCAAGGCCACCCAUCACCACCCUUCAAAAAGGUUCGACAAAGAGUUAGCCAGAUUAGGAAAAUUCUCAUUUGAAGUGAUGGAAGUCGCACACCUUGCCUGCCAAAAUCAUUUGUUGCUAUCUUAGUAAUUUAUACUAUUUUUGUUAGUGAGUGCGUUUUGACAACAAUUAUAUUCUCGAAUCUUCCCAUCUCUUGUCUUGUGUUAGAUCAACCUUGUCGUGUGAAAUAUAUAAUUAUAUAUACCUAACUAAAACAA